AUGAGUCAAAUAGGCUCACCAGAGCAGCACGAUGCAGCUGCAAGCGCGGCGACGCCUGCCAUUGCGGCUUCCGGACCCCAGCAAGGAGAGGUCAACAAUGCCAACCUCAUCUUGAUCGCGCUCACCGCCGGCUUGGGGCUGGCGUUGCUCACUAUUGGACUUUGGAACGCCAUCCUCGUCGUCGCCUUUUCUCUACUCCUCGUAUGCAAUCCGUGGGUGCGCACAUUGCUCGAGCUUCCCAGCACCGACGGCAAGCGCGGUCUCAGCACCUUUGACCCAGCUCGCUACCUUCUCUCGUACACCGCAUCUUCUACCGACCAAGUGGACGAUGACGGCCAGCAAAUCGCGGAGAAGUCCAGCGACGAUUCCUUCACGCGUGAUGACCAGCUUCAGGAGCUCACUGUCAUGCCGGAUGCGCUUCGGCAGAGCAGUCACACCAUGAUCCGCUUCGCCGUUCGCGAUUUCGUUCAAAGCUGGUAUGACAACAUCAGCUUUGCCCAUCCCAACUUUCCCAUCUCUGCCGAGGCCAACAUUUCACAUGUCGCAGCCAACGUCUACCUUCGACUGCGUCAACUCAAACAGACCAACACAGCCGCCGAGAUCUUGCUCACGGCCCAAAGUGUAUUGCUCUCCUCGUUGCGGCGUCGGCGUUCUUCCACGCCGUAUUCUUCGAAUGCUGCUCCUUCGGCGAGGUCAACGUGGCCAAGCACCGCCGCGCGCAUCGACGCGCUCCGCAAGGCAGUCCGAAAGUUCCUCUCUCGCAACCUGUCCCAUGCAGAGCGCUCCAGUCCGGUAUUGAUGCUUCUGCUCACCGAAAUCGUGGCAAAGCAAGCGUGGGAGGUCGCCCAGACCAUCGGUGACCCAGACUUUAUCAACCAGAAGAUCGUCGAGUGGGCCGACCCGGCGUCAGAGACGAGCCUCGAGGGGCAAGCUAUCUCGCCUGAAGAGCUCAAUCGACUCCAAAGCCUCGACACCGCGGCUCUCGACGCCCAAGCGGUCGAGGCACUGCAGGCUCAUCCACCUUCACACAAGUCCGCCAUGCCAGCUAGCGCCGCCGCAUCAUCGGCAAAUCCACAUCUUCCACCAAGGUCAAUAUCGUCAUCACAGAAUCCAUCAUCGACGCCUAGUCGUGCCGAGGCGCCUCGAGGGUCUCGUCAGCAGAGUCCGGAAGCCUACGCCAGAAGCCGUCCAGCGCCUCUGCAAACUCCAGCAGGCAGCCAUCGCACCGCAGACUCUUCAAAGUCUGUUGGGUCUUCUCAGCAGUUUCGUCCGCGGGUGACACCGCCCAAGAAGUCCAACAGCUCGGGCCCAUUUUCGGCCAUCGGCGGCUUCGCCACGGGUGCGCUGGGUGCUUUGGCGGACGCAGCCGAAAGAGCGGUUGACGUGGUCGGCGGCACCGUAGACGAGUUUGGCAACCUGCUUGUAGCUCCUGCUGAGCCGUCUCGUCGCGAACACAACAGCUUCGCCAGGCGUGACAGCUCCGGGGCCGGCGCUUCUCCACGCACUCGACAAGCUCCCCUUCCCGACACAAACGAGGACCGAUGGGAUUCGAACAGAGCACGUCAGAGACAGAGCGGAGGUGAGGGUCGUCUUUUCAGUAAUGCGGCUCAAGCGUACCAUCUGGACAUGCCUUCUGGACUUGAAGAGCCACCUCUGCCCGAAUCACUUCGACAGAGCAUGCGAAACGCUCGUCCGCAAUCUGGUGAUUACACACAAUCUGCCAGCACUGCAACACCCUCGAAAGGCGACAGCGUCGCGCAUGCCUUUGACAUCCCAGAUACGCCCGAGAGGUCGGUCACGGGUUCGCCUUCUCUCGUCGCUCCAGCGCCCGUCUCUGCUGCUCUCAAUUUUGCUCCUCGCGACAGCUUCUCGAUGGACGAGCCCAAGCAUGACGAGGAAGCAUCGUGGGCAGCCAUGUACUCGUUGCUCUCGGAUCGCAGCUCAUCCGCCUAUGACGCCUUCGAAAGCUUCCUAGAACAGCCGAACAACCGCUUUUGUGCGCCCAACGAAGGCGAGUCGCUGCUUCGCCUUCACACUCAGCUCGACACGCUCGCCAGCAUCAUGGAAUUCGCGACGCUCGAUGAGCAGACCUUCCGUGCAGACGCGAGCACCAUUCUCAGCAAGGCGCUCGAGACGCUGCCUGGCACGCUGCCUGCCACACAUGACGGACAGCGCCCCGUGCUUGUCCGCAGAAGCGCGCAGCAGGUGUUGACCAACUUGGAGUGGUGCGCCAACAUGGAUGUGGUCGAACCGUUGAGAGAGACCAUCAUCGCUCGAUUGGUGCAGCUUCACAGCGCUUUUCUUGUCAGUGGUACACAGCAAGCUGCGCGUCAGACGGAGAGCGCGCAGUCGAGUCCAAUCACAUCCAGAUUCUCUGCCACCAUGCCAAGGACAGACUCUCCGGAGCCGCAUCAGCUCGGCAUGCUCAGCAACAACAAGGAGAAUCGGCUCAACUACUCGAGCACCGACUCGGAUCUGGCGCCGUACCGCUACGAACCACGCAGAAAGACGCCGGCGCUCAGCCCGAAGCCCACGCUGCCGCAGUCUGGGACGCAGACUCCUCCGCGUGCUCCAUCUGUCCCGCCUGUCUCGGCGGGUGGUGCGGUCAUGGGACCGCCGUCGGGGCUGUCGAGACCCAUGUCGGUGCCGCCUCGAACGCCGUCUGCGCAACCGAAGGCGCCGCAGAUGGUGGUGCCAGGGCAUUCUGCCGACCAGCCUCCAGGCACGAUGCAGAGGAGCAGCACCGACUUGCAAACAGCUCACACCGGCACAGACAGUCCUCAGCCCUCGGCCGCGACCAGCACCGUCAUCAGCAUCACCGACAUCAGCGCCAACGCUGACAGUGGAAGGUCGAUGGACCUGCGGACGUUUGAAGUGAUGAUCUCGGUGGAAGGCAUGGCCGAUACGAGCGAUGCAGCGUCCGCGAUCAGCCCGGACGGCUUUGUGCUCGUGCGCCGAUGGCACGAGUUCGAACAGAUGGAUGUCGAGAUCCAGCGUCAGCCGCGGUCGAGCCACCCGCUGCCGCGUCUACCGGCGGUCAAAGGCAGAAGGAGCGCAGAUGCGUGCCGCUUGCUGGAAGCGUAUCUGUUCGAUCUGCUGCAGCCAAGCAACCGGGCGCAGAUGGCGAGCAUCAGCGGGGCCAAGAGCUUCUUCGAUCGGACACGCGCAGGAGCCUCGGCGGAGGAUCUUCGGCGCAAGGGUGGGCCAGGCGCUUUCCUGGGCGGCAUAGGCAAAGGCAUUGUCAGCGGCGUCAACAGUGUUGGAAAGCAAGCGGCUCGAACCAGCUCGACUGGCGUCCAGGCUAUUUCGACGGCAACAGGCUUCUCGGAUGGGCUGCCUGCGCCGCGUCGACCGAGUUCCACAGCUCACUCUCCCAUGCUGGGUUCUGGCCGCUCGCCUGAUGGCGCCUCGCGCUUCGUCGUCAGCUCGCCCAACAUCGACACGGCCUCGUCCACCACUUCGGCGUUCGUUUCGCGCACCAAUUCGCCUUCGCCCUCGCCAUCGCGCCGCACGCAGCCUGCACCGGAGAUGAGCGCGCGCCAACUGGACAUGCUUCUCUCCUCCGUGUUCGCCGUUGCGGACGAGGCAUUCAACCUGCAAGGCGGGUGGACGUUACGACGUGGCAUGCUGCGUGUGCUGGAGCAGGUCGUUCGGACCACCUAUGCCUCAUCGAUAGUAGCUGGCUUCAACAAUGCGGCUGCCUCGUUGAACGUGGGUAACUUCGCACGGUGGAUCGAGGAUCUGACGAACAGUCUUUGGCCCAACGGCAGACGGUGGGGAAGCGAGAUCGGCACGGCGGACGAGAAACCACCGCGGACGGAGAAGGAAAAGCUGGCGACAAGGGAGAAGGCCAGGGAGAUCGUGGUGAGCUAUGCACCCGCCCAGGCAGGGUAUCUGCUCGGACCAGGCGGGAAAGUUGCGUGUGUCAAGGCGCUAGCGGAGGUACAUGCGACGUUGAUGGAUCCCAUCACGGCGAGCGAUUUGGGAUUGACGGUCGUGCUCAAGGCGCUCGACAUGGCCAGUCGAUAG